CUUUUAACACACAACAUGAAUAAUGAAGAGAACAAAAAUCCGGGGAAGAGGAAAUACACGAAGAGGAAACCGAAGAAAUUGACCUCAAGUAGUCCAGAGAUGAUGGCGUUGCAAAUGAACGAUAACAUAAGAGCGCGUUCUGCCUUACAUGCUGAUAUGAUGAAUAUGAAUUUACAUGUGGUCCCUGACGCAGCUAGGAUGAAAUUGUCGACACCCCCUGUCCCUGGAGACAUAAUGAAUGUGGGUAUGAAUCCAGAAAACGCGUAUCUAAGAGCGGGACCAUCGCCUUCGGGGAGUAAGAAAUAUGGAAGCGCUGGGCAAGGGGGGCAGCUCAAGUUUACGAUUGCAGAAACCUGCGAAAGAAUAAAAGAGGAAUUCAACUUUUUGCAAGCCCAGUACCAUACGUUAAAACUGGAGUGCGAAAAGUUAGCAAGUGAUAAGACUGAGAUGCAAAGGCAUUAUGUUAUGUAUUAUGAAAUGUCAUACGGGUUAAAUGUAGAAAUGCACAAACAGACUGAAAUCGCUAAAAGAUUAAAUACUAUAAUCGCUCAGGUUUUGCCGUUUUUAGCUCAAGAGCACCAGCAGCAGGUGGCAACAGCGGUUGAGCGUGCCAAGCAGGUUACAAUGACUGAGCUCAACGCCAUUAUUGGGCAGCAGCAGCAACAAGGUCUCCAGCAGUUACUGAUCCACGCCCAGCAGGUGCCCCACGGCGGCCUGCCCAUGGCGCCCCACCCGGCGGGCCUCAUCGGCUUCCCCAACCCGCCGCCCCCCCACCCGCUCCUCAAGCCGGCCGACAUCCACCCCCAGCCGGACCCCCACAAGCCCCCGCUCUCCGACGACAGGCUGAGGAGUCCCAUCUCCCCGAGCGAGAAGUACAGACCUCGCUCGCCAGAACCGGAUCCGAAACGAAGAAAACACGAUAAACUUCAGCCACACGAGAGUGACGGAGAGAAGAGCGACCAAGAACUUGUAGUCGAUGUAGCCAAUGAGGUAGGAAAAGAAGGAAAUUCGCCUCAACAGAAUGGAGAACAUCUUGGAGGAGAGAUUCGAGAAAAUGGUUCUGAAAAAGGAACAGCGAUAAAGUUGGAAAGGCCUAGUAGUCGAUCAGGAUCAUGCUCGUCUAACAGGAGUACGCCAUCGUUAAAAAGCAAAGAUAUGGAGAAGCCCGGGACACCAGUAUCGAAAUCGAGCACUCCUACCCUCCCCGGUGUUAGUGGUGGGAAGCCUCCGUUACUUCCGCCCCACGGCUAUCCCAUGCCACGAGCUGACCCUUUCUCGCCUUACGCCAGGUCAACUCUGAUGGGUUACGAAGCCCAUCCGCAUACUAGAGUACCCAGUGUUGGCACGAAUGGUCUUGCCAUACCAGGAGGAAAGCCGGCUUAUUCAUUCCAUAUGAAUGGAGAUGGGCAGCUAGAGCCAGUCCCAUUCCCAACAGACGCCUUGAUCGGACCGGGAAUCCCUCGACACGCUAGGCAAAUAAACAGUUUAGUCCAUGGAGAAGUGGUCUGUGCAGUUACUAUAUCCAACCCUACUAAAUACGUCUAUACGGGAGGUAAAGGAUGUGUCAAAGUAUGGGAUAUAAGCCAGCCCGGCUCUAAGGCCCCUGUUUCACAAUUAGAUUGCCUCCAAAGAGACAACUACAUACGAAGUGUUAAACUGCUACCCGAUGCUAGAACUUUAAUAGUUGGCGGAGAAGCGAGUAAUCUUAGCAUUUGGGACCUCGCCUCACCAACGCCGAGGAUAAAGGCAGAACUGACAUCGAGUGCGCCUGCUUGUUACGCUCUUGCGAUCAGUCCUGACAGUAAGGUGUGCUUCAGCUGCUGUUCCGAUGGGAAUAUAGCAGUCUGGGAUCUCCAUAAUCAGAGCUUAGUGAGGCAGUUUCAAGGGCACACUGAUGGUGCCUCGUGUAUAGAUAUUUCUGCAGACGGUACGAAGCUGUGGACUGGUGGUCUCGAUAACACUGUUAGGUCUUGGGAUCUCAGGGAAGGUCGUCAACUUCACCAACAUGAUUUCACGUCACAGAUAUUUUCUCUUGGCUAUUGUCCAACAGGUGAUUGGCUGGCGGUUGGUAUGGAAAAUUCAAAUGUUGAAGUUCUUCAUGCAGUUAAGCCUGAUAAAUAUCAACUUCAUCUUCAUGAAUCAUGUGUCCUUUCAUUGAGGUUUGCUGCUUGUGGUAAAUGGUUUGUGUCAACGGGGAAAGACAAUCUCCUCAAUGCCUGGCGUACUCCUUAUGGUGCCUCCAUAUUUCAGUCUAAAGAAUCAUCAUCGGUGCUCAGUUGUGACAUAUCUGCAGACGACAAAUAUAUCGUGACGGGCUCUGGAGACAAAAAAGCUACAGUCUACGAAGUAAUCUACUGAAGUUUGUGUCAGUCGCUAAUAAUUCUCUCUUUUUCUCUCUGGCUGUGUUAAUAUCAACUGGAAGAUAAGUUUAUUACUUCUUUUCCGAGAAGCUUAGAUCUGUUGAGUUGAGGAGUGAUCGAAAAACAGUUAAUCAGUGCGUGACAUAUGUUUCACCGACACUAAUUUGUGCUUUCGCGGAUGAAGAAGACAUUUUAAAUGCCUUUCUUAAAUUUCAUUGUUUUCAACAUUGAGAUUUAUAAUAUGGGAAGCUAUAAUUGGAAGUCAGUUAAUGCUUCUUGUAGAAUAGACACCUCAGAUUAAUUUUGAGAAUUGUUUUUAUUUUAAUUUCUAUUUCUUUUAUGGUUAAAAUAAUGUGUAUUUUAUAUGUAUUAUUUUAUUUUUUGGAUCCCCUAAAUUAUGCCUUAAAAAUGGGAAGGCAGAACAUGUAUAUAAUAUUUAAUUUUAAUAGUUGUAAUUAGUAUUAUCUCAAAUGUAAGUACAUUUAUAUUUGAGACUUAAUUUUUUUUUUCGUAUGUCUAGAAUUUUAAUGACAUGUAAUUAUUCUGUAAAAAAAAAAAAAAAUAAAAGCAACAAAAAAACUUGAAGAAUGUGUUGAUAAAUAUGAUUGUAUAAAUAUUCAAUGCAUAUAUGUCUGAUAUUGUCUUUACAGUAUUAAUUUGGAAAAUUUACUUUGUCAUGGACAUUUGUUAUUGAGACAGUUUUUAUGUAUAAUUAUUACGAAAGAUGUAUAUGUUUACAUGUUAGAAGGUUGAGUUAGAAUAAAUAUAAACGAGUUAUUUAAUUACUGUCAGGAGAUUGUCAAACUGCUGUUGUAUCCUUGCCUGCUUAAAAUUAAAGCUAGCAUAAGUGAGAGAAAAAUAAAAUUAAGAAUUAUCUAUUGAUAAAUCUUUCCAAAAUUUUGUGAAUGAAUACAAAUGUUUUUUUACAGUGUUAUUUUUUAUUAUUGUUAGUAAGGUUGAAAUUGUUUUUUGUAUUUUUCUUUCACCGAACUGACUUAUAUGAUGGAUAUUCAAUUUCCAUUUGUCUUAAGCUUUUCAUUUUAAUUAGUUUUUAAAUAUAUGGACCAAUGUAAAUUUUUGUUAUUACAAAUAUUUAUUUAUUCUUUGUACACAAGAAUAAAAAGGAAAUAUAAAGAAUCUCUUUCACAUGGAAUGUUGAAAUACGGUUUUCUCCAUUUAAAAAUUUCUCUCU